CAAAGACUUCUACUUUGAGUAUCACAAAUACAAUGGACGCCGCGCAAGAAGCUCAGAGGCGAGAGGCUUUCCGCCACCUCGUUCUCAACGCGCUCGAACGGCGGCUGUUCUUCAUCCCUUCCUUCAAGAUCUACCGCGGCGUAGCAGGUCUUUACGAUUACGGCCCCCCUGGUUGCGCCGUCAAGGCCAAUGUCCUCGCUUUCUGGCGUCAGCACUUUGUUCUAGAAGAGAACAUGCUGGAAGUUGAUUGCCCGUGUGUUACCCCGGAGGCUGUGCUGAAGGCGUCUGGCCAUGUUGACAAGUUCACUGACCUUAUGGUCAAGGAUGAAAAGACUGGAGCUUGUUACCGAGCAGAUCAUUUGCUUAAGGAUUAUUGCAAAGAGAAGCUUGAGAGAGAUCCUAGGCUGACCGAAGAGAAGGUAGCUGAACUGAGGCAUGUACUUGCCAUGCUGGAUGAUCUCUCUUCUGAAGAACUUGGUGCAAAGAUUAAAGAAUAUGGCAUCACUGCUCCAGAUACAAAAAACCAUCUCUCUGACCCCUAUCCUUUUAACCUAAUGUUUCAGACAUCAAUUGGGCCAUCUGGGGCAAGCACUGGAUACAUGCGUCCUGAAACAGCUCAAGGUAUUUUUGUGAACUUUAAGGACUUGUAUUACUACAAUGGCAACAAGCUUCCUUUUGCAGCUGCACAAAUUGGUCAAGCUUUUCGGAAUGAGAUUUCUCCACGUCAAGGUCUCUUAAGGGUUCGUGAAUUUACGCUGGCUGAGAUUGAGCACUUUGUGGAUCCUGAUGAUAAGUCCCACCCUAAAUUUUCUGAAGUUUCAAAUUUGGAAUUUUUGAUGUUCCCAAGAGAAGACCAGGUAUCUGGACGGCAAGCAAGGAGAAUCGUAAUUGGUGAAGCAGUUUCUCAGGGUAUUGUCAAUAAUCAAACACUCGGAUAUUUUAUAGGGAGAGUAUACUUGUUUCUCACCUUACUUGGAAUUGAUAAUAAACGCCUGCGUUUCCGCCAACAUCUGGCAAAUGAGAUGGCACAUUAUGCUGCUGAUUGUUGGGAUGCUGAAAUUGAAUGCUCUUAUGGAUGGAUCGAGUGUGUUGGUAUUGCUGAUAGAUCAGCAUAUGAUUUACAUGCUCACACUGAUAAAAGCGGUGUAGAACUAGUGGCACAUGAGAAGUAUGCUGAACCUAGAGAAGUGGAGAAACUUGUCAUAACUCCAGUUAAGAAGGACCUAGGUCUUGCUUUCAAGGGAAACCAAAAGAUGGUGGUUGAAGCAUUACUGGCUAUGGAAGAAAAGGAAGCUAUGGAGUUAAAAGCAACUUUGGAAGAAAAAUUAGAGGCUGAGUUUCGUGUUUGUACUCUCGACAAAGUUGUGACUAUAAAGAAAAACAUGGUGUCUAUCUCCAAAGAAAUUAAAAAAGAACACCAGAGAACUUUUACACCGUCUGUGAUUGAACCAUCUUUUGGCAUUGGGAGAAUCAUAUACUGUCUCUAUGAACAUUCUUUUUAUACGAGGUCUAGUAAAGAUGGGGAUGAACAGCUGAAUGUCUUCCGCUUCCCUCCAUUGGUAGCUCCAAUCAAAUGUACAGUUUUUCCCCUUGUCCAAAACCAACAAUAUGAGGAAGUUGCCAGAAGCAUUGCCAGGUCAUUGACUGCCGUUGGGAUUUCUUACAAGAUUGAUAUUACAGGUACCUCUAUUGGAAAAAGAUACGCAAGGACUGAUGAACUUGGAGUUCCUUUUGCCAUCACAGUUGAUUCUACAACCUCGGUGACUGUGCGUGAAAGAGAUAGCAAGCAGCAAAUUCGUGUAGAUGUCGAUAAGGUGGCAUCUCUGAUGAAAGAGGUAACUGAUGGUGUGAGCACAUGGCCGGAUGUAUUGUGGAAAUACCCCUCUCAUUUAUCCUGAGUUUAGUCUUGACCACCUUACAAUAUGGUGUUGGUAAAAUUAUCUUCUCUUACUGAAAUUUAUGUGCAUCUAGGCUGACUUGUCGUUAAGAACAACUUGGUGACGUUUUUCCUUUGACAAUUUUGUUUUCUUAUGUUCCUAUCCAGAUUUUGUAUUAUCAUUGUUAUUCAACUCUACUCUACAAGACAUUGCUGCUGGCUUGAUUGCUGUUAA